AUUGCGUAUGAUCCAACCGGCUGCAAGAAAUAGGACAGCGGUGGUGGAUCCGUAUCUCGACGUCCACGCCGGAAUAGGGGAAGGGGAAAGGGAACACACGGGGUUUGAUGCUUCGCCGAGAAUCGUCUUCAAUCUCUUCUAUCCGAGGGUGAUGGCUGAUCCAUCGAUGACGGGGGCACUCCAAUACCUGGAAGCGCAGAGGCAUGCGCAGCCGGAGCUGGCCGAUUGGUACAGCGCCUUUGCGGAUCUGUAUCAGCGGAAGCUAUGGCACCAGCUGACGCUCAAGCUCGAGCAGUUCGUUCGCUUGGCCGUCGUCCAGGCGGGUGAUUCCCUUAUACAACUAUAUCAUAACUUCAUUGCAGAAUUUGAGACAAAAAUCAAUCUCCUGAAGUUUGCACACUUUGCUGUUGUAGUAUCACAUCAGUAUUCAGAAAAAGAAGCUGCAAUCAGCUAUCUAGAUGGAAUAAUUGAGAAGCUGCAUGCCACAAGGGACUUGCAGAAUGAGGAAACUAUCGUUUAUGUAAAUAUGCAAAUAGCUGAAAUUAAUCUGGAAAUAGGAAAUCAAAAGGAGUGCAAAAGGCUUCUGGAACAGGGGAAGAGUACACUAGAUAGCAUGACUGACAUUGAUCCAUCGGUUCAUGCUAAGUAUUAUUGGAUGUCCUCUCAGUAUCAUAAAUCUCGUCAAGAGUUUGCUGAGUUCUAUAAGAGCACUCUCCUUCAUUUGGCCUACACUACAGUAGAGACACUUUCGGAAUCAUUCAAGUUGAUGAAAAUGGAUAUGCCAGCCUUGCGUGAAUGAGAAUUUUUCUGGCAUCAGACUUCCCUUUUUAUCAAGGAAGCUAGUGGUUGUCAGGUAGAUCAUUUAGUUUGGUGAGAGGGAAAAUAAGGAAAGAUUACCCAUCUGUUCAACUGACUUCAUGGAGGUUUUGGCCUAUAGUUGGUUGGAUAAACUACCAAUAUAUGCCUCUGCAGCUGCGUGUUCUAUUCCACAGCUUUAUUGCCUCAUGCUGGGCUGUGUUUCUGAAUCUAAAAGCACAAUCCGGUGCUGCUAAGGAGGCUUAAUAUGAAGAUUAGUAUUUUGCUUUAUACUGCAAAGGAGCUGUUAGGGUUCCUUUGUGCACCGUGUUAUAGUGUUAUGUCAGCUAUGACAAAUAAUGUGUUCGUUUGAUAUCCCAGUCUUGCAUUUGCAACCAGUGUCGCCUCGUGCUAUGCGAAGCUUAAAUAGAUUACACUGAGGUCCUUUUUCUUUAAACAAAUGAAAAACAAUAAAGAGGAUGAUCCAAGUUUACAGCAAGAUAUUCUACUUCAGUGUGUACAUGAGGUGUUUUAGAGUUUGAGAUAUGUAUACACUACUCCUUGUAAUCUAAGCAUUGAGAAGUUCAAAAACAAAAAAAGAACAAGGGGUUGUUCUUUUGGAUGAAUAUCUGUUCUUUUAAUCAUUUAGUUAUUUUUCCAGGAGGCAUAAGAGAGACGAACAUUAUGUAUGCACCAUGCAUCAUUCUGUAAUAUGGAUGGGACUCUUAGCUGCUGCUGAUUUUGAGUGUUGUUAGAGAGUUUAUUGAUA